CAAUCAUCGUGAUUCAAAUCAAUGGAUUCAAUUAUGAGGUCGGACGAAGAUUAUUUCGAUUCCGAUUCAUCAGCUUCGGGCGAGGAAGCUGAGACUUCUAAAGUGGUUUGCGUACCAAAAUGCCCAGAUGAAUUGAAACCAAAAAUUGGACAAAGUUUCAUGACCCUUGAUCGUGCAUUGGACUUCUACAAUAAUUAUGCUCGAUAUGUUGGAUUUGACACCCGUAAAAAGGGAUCGAAAAAGGAAAAAGAUGUCACUACUUGGAUUUACGUGGUGUGUAGCCGAGAAGGUACAAAGCAAAGAAACAGUAAACAAUCUGAGGUGAAACGAAAGCGUUCUUCUAUUAAGUGCUAUUGUAAUGCUAAAGUGUCUUGGAAGUAUAUUAUGGGUGUUGGUUAUGUUAUACAAAGUUUCGUUGAAGACCAUAAUCAUGAGAUGGUUGAGGAACGCCAUAAGCGUUUUAUGAAUUUGAACCGUAAUUUGGAUUUAGUCCAUCAGAAAUUCAUCCUCGAUUGUGCUAAUGCAAAUAUUGGUCCAACUUUAAGUUUUAGCUUACUUAAAGAAGUGCUUGGUGGAUUAGAUUAUGUAGGGUGUACUGUUUUAGAAGUGCGCAACUAUAGACGUGACCUUAGAGCUUAUGUAGAAGGAGCUGAUGCACAAAUGUUAUUGAAUGAGUUGCGAAGGAAGAAGGAGUUGUGUAGUGCAUUUACAUAUGAGUAUGAGGUCAACUCAAAGGAUAGGAUGACACGAUUGUUUUGGUGUGAUCCUACUGCCAGAAGAAACUACCAUUUGUAUGGAGAUAUUGUUUCGUUUGAUACGACAUACUCCACAAACAGAUACUGUAUGAUAUUUGCUCCUUUUACGGGCAAGGAUAAUCAUGGUCGCCCUGUGACAUUUGCUGCUGGCCUUUUGUCCAAGGAAAAUGCCAACUCCUUUUCAUGGUUAUUUAACCAAUUUGUAAAGUGUAUGGGUGUGGCUCCCAAACUCAUUGUAACCGACCAAGACUUAGGAAUGAAAGUUGCUGUUGAGGAGGUCCUUGUCAAUACAAGACACCGGUGGUGUAUGUGGCACGUUAUGAAUAAAGUUGCUGACAAAUUGCCAAAGAACAUGCUUGGUAGUGAACAAUUAAAGAAGGAACUGAAUGCAUGUGUAUGGUCAGAGUUGAUAGAACCUGAUGCAUUUGAGGAAACUUGGCAUGCUAUAAUGGAAAGAUAUGGGCUGGCCAAUAAUGUCUGGUUUUCAUCAAUGUUUGCAUCCAGAAAAUUUUGGGUUCCAGCCUUUUUUCGUGAUUUUUCGAUGAGUUCGUUGAUAAAGACAACUUCUAUAUCUGAAUCACAGAAUAACUUCUUCAAAAGGUACUCAAAGUCUCGGGCUAACCUUAUGCAAUUUUAUAUGAACUAUAAUCAUGCUCUGGAGACUCAAAGAAGUAAUAGUGCAAAGCUUGAAUACUAUGAUUCAACAAAAGUACCUAUUUUGCGAACAGGAUUGGAAAUCGAGAAACAUGCAUCGACGAUAUAUAGUGGUAGUGCUUAUACUGAAAUUCAAGAAGAGAUAGUAUAUGCAUGUUUCUCUUUGUCUUGUGCAACUCUAGGAGUGUCUACCAAUACAGAUAUUGAAGUAUAUGACAUAAAGGACAAGGAUUCAAACUCAUGGACAGUGACUUACUCCAUUGGUGAUGACACCUAUUUGUGUGGAUGCAAAAAAUUUGAAAGACUUGGUCUAUUGUGCAGCCAUAUAUUUUGUGUGUUGAAACAUAAUUUUGUUAAGUUGAUACCCGAGAAGUUGCAUGGAGGAAGAUGGUUGAAGUCACAGUUUGUGAAGCCAAUACAUGGAGGUUUUUGUGAUGAUCAAGAAAUACACCUUGCUGUGGACAAGAAGAAGAUUGCAUUUAAAAACUUGUACGGAUUAUUCAUUGAAACAGCACAAAGCAUUGAAGGGAACAUUGAUCAAAUCAAUGCAUUCGCUGCAAUUAUUGAAGAAGGUAGGAAGCAGCUUCUUGGCGAAGAUGUUGUUCUGUCUUCCACACAGAAGAGAGCAAUGAUUGAGAACUUCUAUGGCUCACAUGUCCCGAACAAUAUUGAAGUUCAUCCUCCUGAGGUUGUUAGUACAAAGGGAAGUGGAAGUAGGAAGAAAUCGAAGAGGGAGUCAGCAAUAAAGUUAGCAAUGAAACCAGGCCGAAAGUGUGGAAACUGUCAUGAGAUUGGACACCAUGAUUCUAGGAACUGCAAAAAGGUUAAUGAGAAGUCAAAUCAGAGGCAAUGA